AUUAACCAAUUGAAUUCGCUAAGUUAAGUUUGAAAUUUGUAAACAAUCGUACUUUCACUUUGCAUGCUAUCAUCGUUGGAAUUCCGGUUCUUUAUUCCACUUAUAUUAGAGCGUCAUAGUUUGGUAUUGAGCCAAAAUCAAUUUUAUAGAGGAAUAUACAUUUUUUAAUUCAGUGAACUCUUAUAUUGUCGUGAUGUCUUAUCUCAUUCGGACUUGGAUUUGUAUAAUUACACUAAUUCACACAGGUAUAGGAGUUGCAUGUUGUCCUAAUAACAGCAGUGUGUACACAGAAAAUGGACAGAAAGAAAUAUUGAAAUUCGAGGCUCCCAUAAACCCCAAAACAGACUUCGCUAUCUACCGAGUGGCCCGCUAUGAUGGCAUAACACUCCUAGCAGUAAACUACCAAUAUGGGAAAGUGAUAGGAGAACCUACCCUACAGAACUGCUCCCUGGCUACAAGCGCAAAUUUUGCAAUUGGGCUCCUACAUAUCGAGCUUAAUCCGUUUGUUGAGGGCGACCAAGGAACAUACAAACUGACGGAAUUAAGUGAAACUACUACUGUCAUACAAUGUGUAACAUUAUACAUCCUAGCUAAGCCUUGGCCUCCUACAGAUUUACACAUUAUCAGUACACCAGGCUUGGUAAACGCUAAAUGGAUAAAAGGCUUUAAUGGAGGAAGUCUUCAGUCAUUUCUACUGCAAAUAUCCUACGAUGAUAUUUGGAAGAACCUGACGCAGGUGAAUGAGAAUGACAGGAAUAAUAUGCUGAAUGAAACCGUGUAUCAAGUCUAUAUCACAAAUGUAAAACCUGGCAAACACUCGGUGCGAGUUAUUGCUUUCAACAAAGUUGGGUAUGCAGACCCCGUGCUAUUCACGGAAAACGAUUCGGAACAGAUCAACUUUCAAGAAAGCACGAGCGAAGCUGGAAGACUGAACACUACUAUUAUGUCGCUGAGCGUUGUAGUUUCGAUCAUUAUUCAGUAUCUUGCACGUGAUACAACGGAACCGUGAUAACUCUGUGUCUUUGGAAAAUUCCAAUACGAGGAAGUUCCUUCCUUUUUCAGAACAACCAAUUAACAAUGAUAUUUUUAGUAAUUUAGUAUAGAUAUUACGCCCUCAGUCUGUGAUAUAAUUAAAUGUGAUAUUUUAUAUGUAACUAUGAUACAUAUUUGCACGAAUAAAACUAUCUAGCCAUGUA